GUGAAUAUUCAUUCGUGGACCAUUCAGAGCGUCACACAUACACACACACACACAAAGACCACCACACACGCCACGCCAUCAUCCACACCACACACACGCUACGCCACCCGCCACCCACCAAACAGCUUCCUAGCCAUCGAUUCGAUUACCCACUCAUCCUUUCUCUCCCUUCUCAGUCGCAUCAUUACUCCUCCCGCUACCACUUCUACCGCCAGCAGCAGGUCCACCACUCGGCUCUAGGAUGAGUUUGGUGAGUGUGGCCAUGCUCAGCUGCGUCACGACCACCUGCAGUAUCAACAAAAAGAGUAUCUCCACACCCACCAACAGCUGCGCCUGGGCGGGCGCCAAUCCCAGUGCACCCACUGCCCCCUCGACAGCCGUCUGCUGCACCGCACCAACUGCACCCAUCUCCACUUGAGCAUCGGCAGCUGCUAAUGGCGGCGGGACAGCAGCAGACAGCGCGGCCACCACAUCGCUCUCGGCACCAUUGCUGGUGGGAGUGCUGCUGCUCGUGAAGACCCCCAAGAUGGACUGCCACAGCGCUGUGAGGCGCUCAAUGGGGUUGCUGGUGUUAACGGCGCCAUCCACUGUGGGUGUGGCGGGCGAUAGGGAGAGGGAUGGCGGGGGGGCCCGGGGAAAGACGCUGCUGAGCAGCUGGUCGCCAAUGAUCCCAUCAACUAUGUUGACUGACCAAAACCGACAGACAGACAGACAGCACGGCAACAUAACACACGACCAACAUACAGACAAGGAGGGAUCUCUGCGUGUGUGACCCGCAUACGCACCUUUGAGGCUUCCCAGGAAGUAGGCGGCGAGGAACAUCUCAAGAGGCAACGACGUCAGGCCAAGCACAUACCUAAACCAACGCAUACAGCCACACGAAUGCAGCAUGGACACACGCACGCCCCUCCCUCCCUCCCUCCCUCCCUUGUCUGCUGACUGACUGACCUACCAGUGUGCAUCGAAAGGUAUCGGAAGGAUUGGCGCGAAUCUGAGGAGCAAUGCGACCUUGAACCCCUCCAAGCGGUCUCCCAUGACACCGUUGAGGCGCCUGAACCACCCCUGCUCGCCCCACCGGCCCGCCACCCAGUCGCGCAGGAUGUACCGCCCAAUGAGGAAGUUGACACUCGCCGACGCAGUGCCGAGGGCGUUGCUCGUGACGAUGCCCGGCAGCAGCCCGCCGAACAGCAGAGGCGACAGGAAGGCCACGAGUGUGCCUGGAUGGAUCGAUGGAUUGAUGGCAUAUGAGAGACACAGAUGAUGGAUGUAGAGCGAUUCAUUCUCAAUCAUCACGCACCGAAUGGCACCCAUUCGGAGAGGCAGAGAAGGCGUUCGACCAGGAGGAUGACGAAAAUGGCCCCGCACUUGGUGCUAUAGUCUAACGCCGACAGCUGCUCGAAAACCGGACGCACAGUGCUAAUGUCGGGGAAGCCAAAUUCACUCAACAGAUCCGGCAAGCCAACGGCCUGCAUUGUAUAUAUAUACACACACACACACACAGGCAUCGCCUCUUCCCCUCCCUCGUCUGUGUGCGUACGCUGCCUACCCCUUGGAGCGUGACUGCCCUGACCAACACGGUCCGCAGUAUCGCCACUAUGAUAACAGCAUUCACAGCCGCCGCUGCCCCGUUGGCCAACACACUCGUGUCAACCCUCUCCCCAACAUCGUCCAGCCGCCGCCUGAACCGCCCCCAGCCGUCCCGGUAGUACUGCACCACAGCGGCCCACGGCAGCGCCUGACGCCCAUCGCCGUCAUUGUCAAGGAGCAGCCGUGAUGCGUUCUUCUCUUCGUCCAUCCAUGCGCGAUAUUCGCUGACGAGGUAGGGGAAGAUCUCACGGGCGUCGGUCAGCCGCUCCGUGUCGUUUGUGUGACUCAGAGGUGGUUGGGAUGGCUCAUUGAGCGGGUCCUUUAUCGCCGGCAAGGGUGAGAGAUGCCGGCCGCUGCUGCCGCGCCUCCGCCAUGGGCGCGUGUUGUGAUGACGGACGGGCGUGAGGCCUCGGUGCUGCUGACGCAUGGGGAUGCCGCUGAGUGCUGCUGAUGAUGAGUGAUGCAAAGCUCGGCAGGUGUGUGCAUACAUGACGGCCGUCAUCCCCUGCACAAAGAUUCCAAGAUGCCGCAACCUCAUGAUAGAUGCUCCUCCCCUUCAAGGCUUAGCUCGUAG